CCCGGAGUAAGGGCCGUGAGGAGUUGUUCAAGAGCUUCUACUACUAGAACAACUCACUAGGCUAGCACGCAAGCUGAUUCGGUUACGCAGACAGAUAGGCCUCAGAAGUUUUUGCUUUUCGAGCGGUUUCAGCGACCUUACCUGGUAGCUCGCUCUCUUUAAGUCACCUAGAGAUUGACACCUAGUAGUAGCAGAAAUUUGCGACUUCACGAGCCGCGCUGUUAGUAAUAGUCGACCCUCGGUGGGCUCCAAUGGGGGAAGCGGACGCGAGUGAUGGCGCCCCCACGGAUGUUGAACUGGGCGAGGCGGUCAGCAUCGAAGUUCCUCCCGACGACGCGCAGCGGCCGGAAAACCCGCACCAGCCCCGCUCCUUGUUUGAGGCGGCGGCCUCAGCGCCCGGAACUCGCUUCCACCCGGUGUCUUUGGCGUUCAAGGGCGUGACGUACACCGUGACGCUGGGGCGAGGGAAGGCGAAGACGCAGAAGCUCAUCCUCGACAACCUCACGGGCUACGUCAAGGCGGGCACGUUCCUUGCGAUCAUGGGCCCCUCAGGUUGCGGCAAGACAAGCCUGCUGAACGUGCUGGCAGGGCGGGUGAUGCGCACGGGCGCGCCCACGUCCCUAGCCGGGCAGAUGCUGGUAAACGGCCGCCCCAGGGACAAGAGUUUUCGGCGCAUAUCGGCGUACGUGAUGCAGGACGACCUCAUGUUCAGCACGCUCACCGUGUGGGAGACGCUGCAGACCGCCGCCAUGCUGCGCCUCCCCUCCUCCACGCCCAAGGCACGCAAGCUGCAGCUCGCCGAGUCCAUCAUCACCGAGCUUGGCUUGACGAAUGCACGCAACACACCCAUCGGGAACGAGAGGAUCCGGGGAGUGAGUGGGGGCGAGAGGAAGAGAACCAACAUCGCAGUCGAAAUGCUCUCCGACCCAUCGCUCGUCUUCCUUGACGAGCCCACGUCCGGGCUGGACAGCUUCCAGGCGCUCAACGUGAUGAGCGCCCUCUCGGACCUCUCCAAGAGCGGCCGCACUGUCGUCUCCACCAUCCACCAGCCGAGAUCCUCCAUCUUCGCCCUUUUUGAGAAUCUUCUGCUGCUAAGCGAAGGGAGGGCAGUGUUCUUCGGCCCAGCAGCAGAGGCCAUGGGGUACUUUUCUCAUUGCGGCUUCGCCUGCCCGGAGCACUUCAACCCUGCUGAUUUCUACCUGGACGUGAUCUCAGUGGACCACCGAGACAAAGAAAGGGAGAUGACCAGCACGGCUCGCAUCCAGCAGCUGGCAGACGCCUUCACGCCCUCGCCGGAGGUCAGCAUGGAGCAGCACCAGCAGCGGAUAGCGGAGCAGGCUGCAGAAGCGGGGGGGGAGAAGUACUCCAAGUACGCGUCCUCGUGGGUGACCCAGUUUGCUGUGCUGGCGAGGCGGUCGUGGCGCCAGGUCACGCGGGACCGGAUCCCUAUCGGCGUUGCCUAUAUUCAGGCGGUGUUCAUGAUGGCGGUGGUCUCCAUCCUCUUCUCCAACUCCUCUGACAGCCCGCAGCAGAAUAUGACCGGCUCUCUCUUCAUCGUCUCGCUCUUCCUUGCCCUCAACGGGCUGCUCCAGAUGAUCACCACCUUCCCUCUGGAAAAGGGUGUCAUCAACCGCGAGCGCGCGUCCAACAGUUACCGCAUUUCCGCCUACUACCCCGCCAAGGUGCUCUCGGAGUGGCCCAUCCGCAUCGGCCCCGUGAUCAUCUUUGCCGUGAUCGUCUAUUGGCCGGUUGAGUUCCAACAGGUCGCCUCCAAGUUCUUCCUCUUCCUCCUCAUCUGCCUCCUCGAGUUUACUGCCAUGAACGGGCUCGGCAUUCUGAUCGGCUCUCUAGCCCCCACGCCUGAGCUCGCGCUGGCGCUAGCGCCGCUCUUCAUGGUGGUGCUCAUUCUCUUCGGAGGGCUGCUUGUGAAUCUCGACUCCAUUCCUGUGUGGAUUCGAUGGGUGCGCUACAUCUCGCCCAUCCAGUGGGGCUUCGUGGGCCUCUCUGUCAACCAGCUGGCAGGUCUGACCUUCACAUGUCCACCUGGCAGCGUCACCUGCCCCACAGGCGACGCCAUGCUCAAGCAGCUAUCCAUUGAUAACUUCACGGUGGGUGCGUCCAUAGGUUACCAGUGCUGCCUUAUUCUGGGAAUGCACCUCCUGGCUUGCACGGCUCUCGUUCUCAACGGCCCAAAAAUGCAGCCGCUUGCUUCACUGGAGGGUGUGCCCGAACCCGAAUCUGUUGGCCCUGGCAUUCGUGACGAGGGCUCGGAAUCAGAAGCAUUGGGCCCGGGGAUGCAUAAGAUCGAGUUUGCAAAUGAUGAUGCUGGUAAAUGUGGUGGAAUGCACUAGUUGUGAAGCUUUUGUGGUUAAAUUUGGCGAUUUUGAGGCGUAGGCAACUUUUCCACAAACAAAUCGAGGCUGUAGUACCGUAUGUAGCUACCCCCAGUCUGUGCGUCGCAUAUGACUUUCAUGAUUUUGAGAGAAGAGAGUUUCAUCA